AUGCAAGUGGUGGAGAACUUCCCGUACCUGGGCAGUACCCUCUCCCGGAACACCAAGAUCGAUGAAGAAGUCGCCAACAGGAUCUCGAAAGCCAGUCACGCCUUCGGUCGCCUCCGAAGCAGAGUUUGGAAUCGCCAUGGUCAUCAACUGAGCACAAAGCUGAAGAUGUACAAGGCCGUCAUCCUGCCGACGCUACUUAACGGAGCAGAGACGUGGACGGUGUACACGAGGCAGGCACGCCGACUGAAUCACUUCCACCUCAGUUGUCUCCGUCGCAUCCUGAGGCUGAACUGGCAGGAUCGCAUCCCCGACACUGAUGUGUUAGAACGUACGGAAAUGCUCAGCAUCUACUCCAUGUUGAGACAAAUGCAGCUUCGCUGGAGCGGCCACCUGGUGCGCAUGGACGACGAGCGACUACCCAAACGACUCUUCUACGGAGACGUCGCGACGGGUUCUCGCCGUGAAGGAAGACAAAAUCGCCGUUACAAGCAUACUCUGAAGUCCUACCUGAAGCGUCUGCAAAUCAACCCGACCAACUGGGAAGAGCUCGCCUGCGAUCGUCCGACAUGGAGGAGAACAGUGAAGACAGGCGCUGCUAUCUACGAAGCCAACCGCAUCGCCGCCGCCAAAGUGAAACGCGAAGCCCGCAAAUCACAACUUCGCCCAGUACGCAACGCCGCUGCACAACCGAUCCCUACGUGUCCUCGAUGUCAACGGACAUUCCGGGCUCGAAUCGGACUUGUUGGACAUCUUCGGAUCAACUGCGCCUCUCGAACUGAUCCAACCAUCGUCCUCCCGCCCGCCUCUUCCUCGUCCUCUCUGCCGCCAACUAACUCUGACAACUCUUCUGUACCACAACCACUUCCAUCCUCCUCCUCCUCCUCCUCCUCAUCCCCCACUGCCCCAGCGGCGGCCGCUCAGGCGGCCGUCUUGCACAUCAACCCCGACACAACAACCGACACCACCCCCACCUCUCCCGAUUCCAGUGAUGAGGAUCAGGACUAUACCUGCCCUCACUGCGAUCGCACAUUCACUUCACGCAUCGGCCUGGUCGGUCACUUGCGAAUCCAUCGCACAGAGACUGGCGAACCAGCGCAUGGAGCACCAACCAACACCCACCGCACUCGCCUCCACUGCCCACACUGCCCUCGCAGUUUCACCCACCGCAUGGGUCUAUUCGGCCACAUGCGCAUCCAUGAGAGCGGCAUUGACCGCAGCCUUGACACACCCACAACGCUAGGCCCCACUUCCAGUUCAUCACCUUGCGCACCCACCAACCUCUCCGCAACCGCCGUCGAUGCCACCGACUUUUCCACCCCUCACUCCUCCCCUUCCUACUCCUCUUCCUCCUUCACUGCCACAACGACGGCCGCCUCGGCGUCAGUAGCGCACGACUUCACCACAGCAGCACCUGAUACUACAACAGGCACAACCCCUGCAACCUCCAUCAUCAGACGUGAGGGCCAGGACUACAUCUGCCCUCACUGCGAUCGCAUCUUCACCUCACGCAUCGGCCUGGUCGGUCACUUGCGAAUCCAUCGCACAGAGACUGGCGAACCAGUGCCUGGAGCACCAACCUACACACACCGCACUCGCCUCCACUGCCCACACUGCCCUCGCACUUUCAGGCACCGCAUGGGUCUAUUCGGUCACAUGCGCAUCCACGACGACCUGCGGUAG